AAAUUAAAAAGAAUUGGCGCUGCAGUCGAAUAUAUUUGCACAUCUGGUUUUAUUCUGCUGCGAUCGUUUUGUUAAUUUUUUAAACUUUCUUUUUCAUAGUAUCAUUGCAUCAAAUCGUAGUGUAUUACUUGUACUGAACGCCUUCAAAAGAUUUCACUAUGUUCCUCUUUGACUGGUUUGCUGGCGUUUUAAGUUUCCUUGGAUUGUGGAAAAAGAGUGGGAAACUUUUGUUUUUGGGAUUGGAUAAUGCUGGUAAAACUACUUUAUUGCAUAUGCUUAAAGAUGACAGAAUGGCUCAGCAUGUACCUACUUUGCAUCCUACGAGAAGAGUAUGGAAAGAUUAUUUUCCUGCUGUGGAUGCAAUUGUUUUCUUAAUUGAUGCAUUUGAUCGUGAGAGAUUUCCUGAAGCAAAAGUAGAACUAGAUAGUCUUGUAUCUGAUGAGCAGCUAUCAAGUUGCCCUGUUUUAAUUUUGGGUAAUAAAAUUGAUAGAGCAGGGGCUGCCAGUGAAGAUGAAAUUCGAGCCUACUUUUGUUUACAUGGACAGACAACUGGAAAGGGGAAAAUAGCUAGAUCAGAAAUUCCUGGAAGGCCUAUAGAACUUUUUAUGUGCAGUGUUCUAAAAAGACAAGGUUAUGGUGAAGGAUUUCGUUGGCUGGCUCAAUAUAUAUAGCUCAAUAAAUUAAUUUUGUUUUAUUUAGAGACUCUUAUUGAAUCACCAAAUAAUGAGACUUAAAAUAGAAAAGUUUUGAACAUUAUAAAGCUUGUUGACAAUUCUUAAAAACUUUGAGAAUUUUUCUCUUCGAAUAUAUAUAUUAAAAAAACUUUUACCUUAUUUCAGUUUUAACUGUUUUCAAUUUGUUAAAACUAACAAAACUGCUUUUCUGUUAAGAUUUCUGGACUACUGAAAAAAACAAUCCUGUUAAUUACCACGAUAAAAAUGUUUCUUUGAAAAUUUUUAUUUAUCAUAUAGAGUGUUAUAUUUGGAAAGUUACAUUAGCUUUGGUGCAUCUCAUUAAAUGAGUAGCUUUAUUUUGAUAUCUUGUUUGAUUUUAUCUUAUAUGUAUAUUCUAAGUAUUAAUAUUUAUUAUUUUAGUAUGUUAAAUAUUUAAUUUAUAAAUUAUAGAAGUUUAAAAAAUUUAUUCAUCUGUAGGAUUUAUCCAUGUUUAAAUUGAGUCCUUUAUAAUCAAUCAGCACAGUAACGGUCAAAUUGCUUAAAUUACUUAAAACAUAUGGCUUUUAGCAUUGUUAAUGUGCAUCUUUUACUGUGAAUCUAUUGUUUACUAAGCCUCCUGCAAAAUGCCUUAUUUUUUUUUUUACAUUAAAGUUAAAAAUUAUUAUCUAAUGCAUGUAAUUGUUCUGUAAAAUGUAGGAAAGAAAUAUCGCUAAAAUAUUACUUCAAAUUUUAGAAUGUUUAAAUAAUGAAAUAACAUUGCAAUAUGAAAUGAAUGUGUUAAUUGAUAAUUUUUUUCCCUUUUAUUUUGCACUUUUUUUUGAAUGAAUUUAUUGUGAUUUAUAAUAUCCAAAGGAUUGAAUCUGUUAGACUUGCUUUUACUAAGAGUAUCCCUUGUUGAUAUUAAUCUGAGAGACUUGUUGCACAUUUUUGUUAUCUGUGCAUGAUAAUCAUAUUUAAAUGCAUAACAAUUUUUUGAAGUGCAAUCCAUUGUUUGCGCACAUUAUAGCAGAAACUUUGCUGUAAAAUUAUUUUGCUUAAUAGUGCUUUUUCAUAAAUGUAAAUAACUCAAAUACAGUGCCAAUAAGAUAAUUGAUUUGUGAUAGUCCUGACUUUUGCAUUGGUUAAUUUCUACUUUAAAGUGAAUAAAGGUUGUCUAAUUAAACUUUCAUUACAAUAUGUCAUGCAACGAUAACAUCAGCAAUUUCAUCGAUCUGUUGAAAAUAUGUUCUUAUAAUUGAUUACAAAUCUUUUGUGACUCACAGUUUUUUCAUAUUUCUAUAAAAAUAUAAAAUCGUAUUGCAGUGCAGUACAUGCAAUAAAAUUAUUUGUAUAAAA